AUGUCUGACUCUGCGGGAGAAAUCGAGGUCGAAUCGGACAACAGCCAACAAAUUCUCCCAAAGGAAGUUAGGGCUGAAAUCGGCAGCAUUAAACUAUUCAACAAAUGGAGUUAUGAAGAUGUCGAGAUUCGAGACAUAUCUUUGACCGAUUACAUACAGAUACGCGCUCCAGUCUACAUAUCUCACUCUGCCGGUCGUUUCGCACAAAAACGUUUCCGAAAAGCUCAGUGCCCUAUCAUCGAGCGUCUCACAAACUCCUUGAUGAUGAAUGGACGAAACAAUGGAAAGAAGCUUAUGGCCGUGAGAAUUGUAUCUCAUGCAUUUGAGAUUAUUUACAUUAUGACCGAUCAAAACCCUAUCCAGAUUUCCGUUGACGCUAUCGUAAAUUGCGGACCUCGAGAAGACAGUACUCGUAUUGGAUCGGCCGGGACUGUUCGCCGUCAGGCUGUCGAUGUUUCUCCUCUUCGUCGUGUAAACCAAGCAAUUGCACUAUUAACAAUUGGUGCUCGUGAAGCCGCUUUCAGAAAUAUUAAAAGUGUAGCCGAGUGCUUGGCCGAAGAGCUUAUUAACGCUGCUAAAGGAAGCAGCAAUUCGUAUGCCAUAAAGAAAAAGGACGAGCUGGAGCGUGUAGCAAAGAGUAACAGGUAG